AUGACGAUGGCGAAACGGAGGAGAUCAGCUAGAAGUGAUUGUCCUUGUACUCACACAUCCGGCCUUCCUUUCUCCUCAACCCUCCUCUUCCUCUCUAUAAUCCUACCCUCAACAUCAUACGCCCAAGUCGUCUCACAACCACCAACAAAUCCAAAUACAAAUCCAACGCCAGCACCCACACCCUCAGACCCCCUCCGAUCAACUCUUUUAACGACAACACCCAGCUCCACCAACGCCGCAGUCCCCAGCCUAGUCAUCCCUCCCCCACCCCCAGACGACGACAACAACGACCCCCAGGUCUCCACCCAAGGCGCCCACGUCUUCAAAUACUACUUCCUAAUCAUCGCCGUGGUAGCAAUCAUCUUUGUGCUAGCAGUCCUCUACUUCGGGCGACGACGCAAACGCAAAGCCGAGAUUCUACGUACCAACUCGCAGCGCGCGCUCGCCCAGGACGUAGCGGGGUUCCAUGAGCGCUUUGGGGCGGGUGCUGCCCCUUCACGAUUCGUUGAUCGCAGGUUUGGCGCUGCCGCGAGGGGGUUUGGGAGAUCGAGUGCGGGCGCGAGUAGAGGUGGGAAUCCGUUUCCCUUUCAACUUUGGGGGAUGAGGGGUGGGAGAGGGGAAGAAGGGUUGGAUGAGAGGGGGGAGGCGCCGCCGCCGUAUGGGGUGGGGAGUAAACCGCCGAGUUUGAGGAGUGUGAGGGUGGAGGCGGUGGAGUUGACGAGUGUGAAUACGAAUGAGAAUGGCAAUGGAAAUGGAAAUGGGAAUGGGAAUGGGAAUGAGACAGGGACUGGAACUGUGAAUACGAAUGUGAAUGUGAAUGGAAACGAGGGGACAACCACCGAAGUCGCAGGACGUGGUGAGCCACCUGGGUACGAUGAACAUCCCUCUCCUCCCACCAAUACCCAGCGAGAAGCAGAUCUAGGGGAUCUGGAUAUGACUCGACCUACUCCUUCCAUUCCCCCGCCAGCUGCGGUGGUCACUCGACCGGAAAACACUGUCGUUGUCGAAGAAGGGACGUCGAGAAUACCUGGUACGAGCUCAGCGAUUGUAUAA